UUUGAAAUUUUCCAUUGUUCAACACACAGAGGAACAGAUGAACCAGCACCUAAUGCAGCCCUUCCAUCAGUGGAGCACACACUGCUACGUGCUAUGUUUGUUCCUCCUCAUCAACUGCUUUGGAGCAGCUUCUCCCCUUUAUGCUCCUCCCGCGCCAACAGGUCUCCUCUCUGCUUUCUCUGCCACGCAAACCAGUAGCGUGGUGGGAGGCAAGCAGAAGGCAGUGACCUUCAACAGGCUCGUGGUCAACACUGGAGGGGAUUUCAAUCCAGACACUGGCCACUUCCGCUGUCGCAUCCCCGGGGCUUACUAUUUCUCCUUCUCUGUGGGGAAAUUUCCCAAAAAAAUGCUUUCUGUCAUCCUGGUGAAGAACGGAGAGGAGGUGCAGGCUAUAGCUUAUGACGACUUCCGCAAGAAAGGGAGAAAAGUUCAGAGCCAAAGUCUUAUGAUCGGUUUGACGAAAAUGGACAUAGUGUGGUUGCGCUUGCAGCCUAGCCCCCAGUAUGCUUUGUACAGCAACGCUGGGCCUUACAUCACCUUCUCAGGUUACCUGGUCUAUCCUGAUGCCAUGGCAACCAGCUACAUCAGCAACCACUUGUCUACACCUGCUCUACCCUACCCAAACUGUCCACCUCAGGUCAGAGGCCAGAGAGAGCAGCCACGGUCUGCCUUCUCAGUAGCACGGACAUCAACCCUCAUGGGUCACAGCAUCUGGACACAAGAAAAGCCACCGAUCACCUUUGAUGUAGAAUAUGUCAACAUAGGGGGCCAUUUCAACAAAACCUCUGGCCGCUUCACCUGCCACUUCCCAGGGGUGUACUUCUUCGCCUUUACUGUGGGGAAACACCCUCGUAGGGCUGUUUCAGUGAAGCUGAUGACCGGGAACGGCGAGGUGCAGGCGAUGGUGUUUGAUGAUGACACAUCAAAGAGAAGGGAAAUGCAGAGUCAGAGUUUGUUGCUGUCUCUCAGCAGGGGCGACAGCGUGUGGCUGUACAGUCAACAGGAUGAGCGCUUUGCUGUUUACAGCAACCAGGGCAGGUACACCACGUUCUCAGGCUUCCUGGUUUAUCCAGAUACAGAAACACCUGCCACCAGCCAGGAGGACAGAGGUCACCUAUAAAUGUCUUAAGGUUGUAGCUGUUUUUUGUUCCCAGCCUGCAGUUUAUCUCCACGUCAGUGAGUCAGGUAGAAUAUUUAAACUGUGGUCAGCAUAGUUUAACAGAUUCCUCUCUCUCUUUCUUUUUGUAACAUUUUGUUUGUUUUUAUUAAACAGUGUUAUUUUAAAAGGUAACAUUUGUUGCCACCAGAUGGUGCUAUGAUACAGCUAAGUGCAAUGUUCUCUUAGAAAAUCUGUGAUACAGUUUGGGUUUAGGUGCACAGAUACAACUAUCUGAGAAUUUUCAUUUUAAAAAAGUGAACAUUACAUGACAAAAAGAACGUUGUAAAUGAUGUAAAGUUUAUUCAAAUUUAUGUACUACAAAAUGUAGACUUAGAGUUGCACCAUGUUAAAGUUAUUUAACUUUUAUUUGUAGAAAGAUCUGAUUAAAUGAUUUGUGUGCAUUUUGGGAAAAUGAUAAAUAAAUUUCCUUAAAUUAGUUUUACAUAUGUUAUUUUUUUCUUCUAAAUCAAACAAAUGCUGGUUUGUGGAUGAAAAUAA